AUGGACGAUGAAUGUAACACCGUUUUGUAUGAUAUGGUAGAUUGUGUACCUUAUUUGAGUGUUGGAGGCAAGAAUACACUUGAUCCCUCAUGUUGUGGUGGAUUCAGAAGUGUUGUGGCGGUUAAUCCCAUGUGUAUAUGUGAAGGACUCGAGAACAGUGCAAAACUGGGGAUCGAGUUGAAUAUGACUAGGGCUGCCCUUCUGCCAUCUGCUUGUGGGAUUGUUGUUCCUCCCAUCAGCAACUGUCACAUCUCUUUGCCUCCUUCAAGUCAAGGAGCAGUUGGUUCUCCAAACUCAUCACCGCCGCAGCACCCUCCAUCAGCAAAGACCCCAAUCUCACCAAUUCACAAAAUGGUUCCAGCUCCAGGCCCAUCAAAAUCCGGAGGAUAUUCAAUAUCUAUGUCUUUCUUGGUUCUCAUGAGCUCGCUUCCUGUUUCAAUCUCUGUUAUCUUAGCAUAG